UCUCUCUCUCUCUCUCUCUCUUGUAUAAACUUCUUCUUCUGUAAUUAACAAUUACAAUGUGGCUCCAUUUGUGGCAUCUAGCCGGCGUUCUCUAUCUUCUCGCCGGCGUCGGCGCUGAGGAUCCUUACCGGUUCUUCACUUGGAACGUGACCUACGGCGACAUCUAUCCCCUCGGCGUUCGCCAGCAGGGCAUUUUGAUAAACGGACAGUUUCCCGGUCCAGACAUUUACUCCGUCACCAACGAGAACCUCAUCAUCAACAUCUACAACAGCUUGCCCGAACCAUUCCUCCUCUCCUGGAAUGGAGUUCAACAGAGGAGAAAUUCGUACCAAGACGGAGUGUUUGGAACCACGUGCCCCAUUCCUCCCGGCAAGAACUUCACCUAUCAUUUGCAGGUGAAGGAUCAAAUCGGCAGCUUCUACUACUUUCCGUCUCUCGCUUUCCACAAAGCGGCCGGCGGGUUCGGCGGAAUUCGGAUUCUCAGCCGGCCGCUCAUUCCCGUUCCGUUCCCUGAACCAGCUGCAGAUUACACUCUUCUCAUCGGAGAUUGGUAUAAAGCGGAUCACGCGAAACUGAAGGCCAUUUUGGACAGGGGCCAUAGGCUUCCUUUCCCUGAUGGCAUUCUAGUCAAUGGCCGUGGACCAAAUGCUGCAUAUUUCACAGUUGAACCAGGGAAAACUUACAGGCUGAGAAUAUCCAAUGUGGGGCUGCAAAACAGUCUCAAUUUUCGGAUUCAAGGGCAUGAGAUGAAGUUGGUUGAAGUUGAAGGGGUUCACACUGUGCAAACCAUGCUUUCCUCCCUCGACAUUCAUGUCGGUCAAUCCUACUCUGUUUUAGUUACAGCCGAUCAGUCUCCUCAAAACUACUACAUUGCAGUUUCCUCUCGUUUCACCAGCCGGGUGCUUAACACCACUGCGAUUCUUCACUAUAGCAACUCUGCCAAGCCGGCAUCUGGCCUCCCACCGGCUGCUCCCACAACUGUCGACUGGUCGCUAAACCAGGCUCGUUCCAUCAGGACUAAUCUUACUGCAAGUGGACCGAGGCCUAAUCCACAGGGAUCCUAUCAUUAUGGCCUUAUUAAUGUCACCAGAACCAUCAGGCUAGCUAAUUCGGCAGCUCCUGUCAAUGGCAAGCAGAGAUAUGGAGUUAACAGUGUGUCCUUCAUCCCGGCUGACACUCCCCUUAAGCUUGCAGACUACUUCAAGAUUGAAGGAGUUUUUCGCGUUGGUAGCAUACCCGACAGCCCAACUGGUGCAAAAAUGCACCUUGACACGUCUGUAAUGGGCGCUGACUAUAGGGCUUUUGUGGAGGUGGUGUUUGAGAACAAGGAAAAUAUCAUCCAGAGUUGGCAUCUUGAUGGGUAUUCCUUCUUCGUGGUGGGAAUGGAUGGAGGCCGGUGGAGCCCUGCUAGCCGGAAGCAGUAUAAUCUGAUAGAUACGGUAUCGCGCUCCACCACGCAGGUGUACCCUAAGUCAUGGACUGCUGUGUACAUAGCACUUGACAAUGUCGGAAUGUGGAACUUAAGAAGCGAGUUUUGGGCGCGUCAGUAUCUUGGACAGCAGUUUUAUCUUCGCGUUUACACGACAUCUCAGUCAGUCCGAGAUGAGUACCCCCUUCCAAAUAAUGCCCUUCUCUGUGGUAGAGCAGAGGGUAGAACCCCAUGACCAAUUCAAUGAGACCUUAUAAAGAGCGUGGAGAUACCAAAUUUUACAGUUUAGCAUGCAUGACACGAAUUUGUGUAGUCGGAGGUUGAAUCUGAUUAUUGUUGUUUGGCAUUUGUUGUACUGGCAGUGAAUAAAAGCAGCACUUGUUACUUCCCCAACAUA